CUCUCUUCGUGUUCCCAACAAACUGUACCUUCUCUCUCUCUCUUCCCUUUUCAAUUCUCAAGAAUCUCUCCCUACUGUCACACACUUCCACUGAUUUCCCAAGAAAUCAAAAAUGCAUCUUCCCAUACACUGACCCAAUUCUCCACCAUUGACGAAAGGAAUGGCGUCGCCGUCGCUCACCCUGUUCUACGCCGUUUUCGCACUCCUUUCCAGUUUCACGCUUUCACAAGCCUCCGACAGAGACGCCCUCCUCUCCUUCAAGAACUGUCUCCCAAACCCGGAAGCUCUCUCUUCGUGGAGCCCUUCAAUCUCCCACUGCAGAUGGCCCGGAGUUCUCUGCCACGGCGACCGAGUCACCUCGCUCGUCCUCUCAGCUCGCCAACUCAGUGGCCGUCUCCCCGCUUCCCUCUUCUCCCUCACCGCCCUCACCGUCCUCGAUCUCUCCUCCAACGACUUCACCGGAGAAAUUUCCCACGAAAUCAGCUCUCUUGCCGCUUUAAAAACCCUCAGCCUGGGCUACAAUCGUCUCUCCGGCGAGCUCCCGGCCGGGCUUGGUGAGCUGACUCGUCUCCAAACGUUGCGACUCGGCCCCAAUUUCCUCACGGGGAGGAUUCCGCCGGAGCUGGGGAAGUUGACGAAGCUCGAGACUUUUGAUCUCUCCGGAAAUGCACUCGCCGGAAACAUCCCCGCCCACAUUGGGAAUUUAACCCGAUUGCAGAUUCUGGCGAUGGGGAGCAACUUCCUCACCGGUGCUCUGCCCUCGAAUUUGUUCUCGAAGCUUCGAUUUUUAGCCUCGUUUGACGUCUCCAACAACUCCCUCUCCGGCAGCAUACCGCCGCAGCUCGGAGAGCUCGCCUCCCUCACCGAGCUCUACAUCGGAGAGAAUCAUUUCUCCGGCGUGCUUCCACCGGAAAUCGGCCGUCUCUCUAAUCUCGAAAUCCUCUCCGCGCCGUCAUGCUCGAUCAACGGCCCGCUUCCGGAAUCAUUCUCACAGCUGAAGUCAUUAAGCAAGCUCGAUCUCUCCUUCAAUCCGCUGCAGUGCUCAAUCCCGAAGAGCUUUGGAGAAUUGCAGAAUUUGACAGUGCUAAAUCUCGUCGAAUCCGAGCUCAACGGAAGCAUACCGUCCGAGAUUGGGAAAUGCAGAAACUUAAACCUAUUGCUCAUCUCUUUCAAUUCAAUCACCGGAGCUUUACCGGAGUCGCUCUCUAAGCUCUCGUCUCUGACGACGUUUUCUGCUGAGAAGAAUCAGCUCUCCGGCGCAUUGCCUUCUUGGCUCGGGAAAUGGACGCAGGUUGAUUCAAUUUUGCUCUCCAACAACAGAUUUUCCGGUAAAAUUCCACCCCAAAUUGGGAAUUGCUCGGCGCUUAGCCACCUUAGCUUGGGGAGUAACAUGCUCAGUGGUGAGAUUCCGAAGGAGCUCUGUAAUGCUGCUCUGUUGGCGGAGGUGGAGCUUGAAGACAACUUUCUAACCGGAAGUAUCGAAGAAACUUUCAAGAAUUGUGGGAAUUUGACUCAGUUGAAGCUGAUUGAUAAUCAGAUCAUUGGCUCCAUCCCUGAUUAUUUAUCUAAUCUCCAAUUAAUCAGUCUCGAAUUGGAUUCCAACAAUUUCACAGGUCCAAUUCCUGUAUCCCUAUGGGGCUCAUUGUCGUUGAUUGAAUUUUCUGCGGCUAGUAAUGAGUUAGAGGGCUUUCUUCCUUCUCAAAUUGGCAAUGCGGCGUCGUUGCAGAGUAUUGUCCUUCCCAACAACCGGAUAACCGGCACCAUUCCGGCAGAGAUUGGGAGGCUGUCUUCUCUCUCUGUUUUCGACAUGAACUCGAAUUUCCUUAGUGGGCCCCUUCCACAAGAGCUCGGCAACUGCACUGCUCUCGCCACGUUGGAUUUGGGGAACAACAUGUUAAACAGCUCCAUCCCACAAGAACUUGUGGAAUUGCCUCAGUUGCAAUGCCUCAUUUUGUCAUAUAACAAUCUCUCCGGUGAGAUUCCUUGGAAGGAAUCCAAGUAUUUCCAGCAGGUUUCGAGCAUUCCUGAUUCGAGCUAUGUGCAGCAUCACGGUGUGUAUGAUCUCUCCAACAACAGGUUGAGUGGAGCGAUCCCAGAUGAGCUAGGGAAAUGUAUGGUGGUUGUUGAUCUUCUUCUCAGCAACAACUUGCUAUCUGGAGUGAUACCGAAGUCCUUGGCUCGUUUAGCCAAUCUCACGACUCUUGAUUUGUCUGGUAACUUGCUAUCUGGUAACAUUCCAUUUGAAUUUGGUGAUUGUGUUAAGUUGCAAGGUUUCCAUUUAGGUAAUAACAAGCUUGUAGGGUCGAUUCCGAAGAGUCUUGGUAGGUUAAGUGGAUUGGUGAAGCUUAAUUUGUCUUCGAAUAUGUUGUCUGGUUCAAUUCCUCCUGCUUUGGGCAACUUAGUUGGGCUUACUCAUUUGGAUUUGAGCUUUAAUAUGCUAACCAAUGAGCUUCCUGGUGCACUAUCUGGAAUGGAGAAUCUUGUUGGUUUUUAUGCUCAGCAGAACCAGCUCUCUGGCCAUUUAGACGGCCUGUUCAACGAUUCUGGGGCGUGGCGAGUUGUGUUUGUGAAUUUGAGUGGCAAUUCUCUCAGUGGGGACUUGCCAAGUUCGCUGGGGAAUGUGUCGUACUUGACAGUGUUGGAUCUUCAUGGCAAUGAUUUGACCGGUGUGGUUCCAUCUGAUAUUGGAGAUCUUGCUCAGCUCGAGUAUCUUGAUCUCUCUGAUAACAUGCUCCAUGGGGGGAUUCCGGAGGAAUUAUGUGAUUUGAACAAUCUCUUGUUCUUGGAUCUCUCUGAGAACAAGCUUGAGGGCCCGGUUCCAAGAAACGGGAUGUGCUUGAACUUGACGAGGGAUGCACUGGCUGGAAACAAGAAUUUGUGUGGUGGAAUUGUGGGGUUCAGAUGCCCUAUGAAGAGCUUUCCUAGAAGGUCGCCAUUCUUGAAUGUUUGGGGGCUGAUAUCGCUUGUCGUAGGGGUGGUUUUGGUAGCCCUCUCUGUGGUUAUCGUGUUGCGAAUCUGGAGUAAUCGGGGCAGCAAGAACGACCUUGAGGCGAGCGGAGACAGCAGCAAGUUGAAUAGCUCGGACGAGCAGAAUCUGUAUUUCUUGAGCAGUAGCAGCAGAUCAAAGGAGCCAUUGAGCAUCAACAUCGCGAUGUUUGAGCAGCCUCUCCUCAAACUGACGUUGGUUGACAUACUCGAGGCCACCAACAACUUCUGCAAGAGCAACAUUAUCGGUGAUGGUGGUUUUGGGACGGUGUACAAGGCCACCUUGCCUGAGGGGAAGAUAGUCGCGGUGAAGAAGCUCAGCCAGUCGAAAACUCAGGGGCAGAGGGAGUUUCUGGCGGAGAUGGAGACUCUUGGGAAGGUGAAGCACCGGAACCUGGUUUCUUUGCUUGGCUACUGCUCGUAUGGCGAGGAGAAGGUGCUCGUUUAUGAGUAUAUGGCGAAUGGGAGCUUGGAUCAGUGGCUGAGAAACCAGACAGGGACGGGUUCUCACCCUGUCUUGGAUUGGAGCAGGCGAUUCAAGAUAGCCCUUGGUGCUGCCCGUGGCUUGGCUUUUCUUCACCAUGGGUUCAUUCCACACAUCAUCCACCGGGAUAUCAAGGCGAGCAACAUCCUCGUGAACGAUGAUUUCGAGCCAAAAGUUGCUGAUUUUGGGCUGGCGAGGCUGAUCAGCGCCUGCGAGACUCAUGUGAGCACGGACAUUGCUGGGACUUUUGGGUAUAUCCCGCCUGAGUAUGGGCAGAGCUGGAAGGCCACGACAAGGGGGGACGUCUACAGCUUCGGUGUGAUCCUGCUCGAGCUGCUGACUGGAAAGGAGCCAACUGGACCGGACUUCAAGGACAUUGAAGGGGGGAACUUGGUGGGGUGGGUGUUCCUAAAGGUCAAGAACGGGCAGGCUGUCGAUGUGCUUGAUCCGGCCGUUCUUGAUGCGAAUUCGAAGCAGAUGAUGCUUAGGACGCUCAAAAUUGCUUUGGUUUGCCUUUCUGAGAAUCCACCAAAUCGGCCAACUAUGCUUCGUGUGUUGAAGUCCUUGAAAGUGAUCCAAGAGGAGUAACUUGGUUAGGUAUAAUGUUAAUAAUAUGAAUAUCCACUUUAUGUAUGGGUUGGCAGUUAGUAGCACUAUUUUCUCUAGCAUAUGUUACAUACUUACAUUACUUAUGUGGUAUAGUGUGGCUCGUGUACCAGAACAUCAUCUAUUGGUAUAACUUUAAUCAUAUUCAGGUCUCUUUUACAAA